UUGUUUGUAGAGGGCAAUCACGGUCUGGGGAAAAUUUCCUGUCAAAAAGUCUUCAAGAAUACCGCUAUCAGAUAUCCACACUUUUCAUCAUGCCGUCUGACGCAAAAAAACGCGAACAACAACGUAAAAAGGAUGCUGCUAAAGCACGUCAGGGAAAAAAAAUUCCUAAUGCCCCAAAGGAUGAUGAGGUGAAAAGUAAUGGAACUAUGGCUAAUGGAACACCUUUGAGUCCCGAAGAAGCUCUCUGUGCAAAAUUAGAAGCAGACGCUCGUUUAAAUGCUGAAGCUAGGGCUUGUACCGGUUCGUUGGCUGUGCAUCCUAAAUCCAGGGAUAUAAAAAUUGAAAAUUUCUCAAUUACUUUUCAUGGAUCCGAGAUGUUGCAAGACGCAUUGUUGGAAUUAAAUUGCGGGCGAAGAUAUGGGUUAUUGGGAGCUAAUGGAUGUGGAAAGUCUACGAUUUUGGCAGUAUUAGGUAAUAGAGAAGUUCCAAUUCCAAAUCACAUAGAUAUCUUCCAUCUCACUCGCGAGAUGCCCGCAUCCGAUAAGUCUGCUUUACAAUGUGUCAUGGAAGUGGACGAGGAGAGAAUUCGUUUGGAGAAAUUAGUUGAGGAACUUGUUGCGUGUGAAGACGACGAGUCUCAGGAGCAAUUAAUGGAUGUGUAUGAACGAUUAGAUGAAAUUUCUGCGGAUACAGCCGAAGCUCGGGCUGCUAAUAUUUUGCACGGGUUGGGUUUCACCAAGGAAAUGCAAAAUAAGAAGACGAAAGAUUUUAGUGGAGGUUGGCGCAUGAGGAUUGCUUUAGCGAGAGCUUUGUAUGUCAAACCACAUUUAUUGCUCCUUGAUGAACCUACGAAUCAUUUAGAUUUGGAUGCGUGUGUAUGGUUAGAAGAAGAAUUAAAACAUUAUAAGAGAAUUUUAGUGAUAAUUUCUCACUCUCAAGAUUUCUUAAAUGGAGUGUGCACAAACAUUGUUCAUGUGAACAAGAAGCGAUUGAAGUAUUACACAGGGAAUUAUGAUGCUUUUGUUCGUACUAGAUUGGAGCUUUUGGAAAAUCAAAUGAAGCAGUACAACUGGGAGCAGGACCAAAUUAAUCACAUGAAAAAUUAUAUUGCUCGAUUUGGUCAUGGUUCUGCAAAGUUGGCUAGACAAGCUCAAUCAAAAGAAAAAACUUUAGCUAAAAUGGUCGCUGGAGGUUUAACUGAGAAAGUUAUCACAGAUAAAACGGUUACUUUUUAUUUUCCCAGUUGUGGUAAAGUCCCUCCCCCUGUUAUUAUGGUGCAAAACGUUAGUUUUCGAUAUGGCGAUACCGGUCCUUUAAUCUACAAAAAUGUCGAAUUUGGUAUUGAUUUGGAUACAAGAAUUGCUUUGGUUGGACCAAAUGGUGCUGGAAAAAGUACUUUAUUAAAACUACUAUAUGGAGAUCUUGUUCCAACUGAAGGAAUGAUUCGAAAAAAUUCUCAUCUUCGAAUAGCACGUUAUCACCAACAUUUACAUGAAUUGCUUGAUUUGGAUAUGUCCCCCUUGGAUUAUAUGUUAAAAUCAUUUCCGGAAGUAAAAGAACGCGAAGAAAUGCGAAAAAUUAUCGGGCGAUACGGAUUAACAGGGCGUCAACAAGUUUGUCCUAUAAGACAGCUUUCUGAUGGUCAACGUUGUAGAGUGGUUUUUGCGUGGUUAGCGUGGCAAGUACCUCAUCUGUUGUUGCUUGAUGAACCUACUAAUCAUCUUGAUAUGGAAACGAUCGAUGCGUUAGCUGAAGCGAUUAACGAUUUUGAUGGUGGAAUGGUGUUGGUUAGCCACGAUUUUAGAUUGAUUAGCCAAGUGGCUGAGGAAAUUUGGAUAUGUGAGAAUGGAACGGUUACCAAAUGGCAGGGAGAUAUAUUAAAAUACAAGGAGCAUCUGAAAGCGAAGAUUUUUAAAGAUAAUAAGGAGAGUAAUAAUGGAAAAUCUAAAAAAUAAUGAGAAAUAAAUAUGGUCAUAUAGUUGAAUUUCAAUAUUAAUUUAUUGCGGUACGUGAGACGGUUUUUAAGUUAAAUAUAAAUUAAUUGGAACUUUAUAGUGCUAUUUUUACAUUCAAUUAAUUUUAUUAAUUUUUAAGUUGUUCCUUAAAAUAUUGUAGUUAAUGCCCAUGCAAUAUUGAGGUACGAUUUUUAAUAACAGCUGUAUAAACUUUUUUAUUUCA